AUAUGAAUCUGAACAAGUCAGGCUGUUCUUUGUCCACCCUAAAAGGUUAAGUCGCUAAUUCACAGACUCACUUGUGAGACUGUUCGAUUUGCGACCAGCGCCCAUUCCUACUAAUCGAACUCAGACAGUUAUCGGGCCUUCAAGCUAGCUUCAGUCUGUGUUUACGUGCAUUGAAGAGCAAGGAUAUAAUGAGACACCUCCACUCAAAAAGAAUUUGGCUUGUUCCCGCAUGAUAAAAGCCGGUCUUGCGUUACAGAAGUCUAGGUUAGUCAGAUCGGCGGGCACCACGAACCCCAAUCGCUACUACUUGGUAUCGUAGCAUCCCAAGACGGGGUUGCACACACUCAUGUCAAAAUUGAUCGGCUUGUGGGUUUGCAACUCUUAAGUUUCAGGGGCACUAGACAGAUUCGAGCUGCUGUGGUGCUACGAGCUUUGGGACCACCCCCGAAUUACCCCACCGAUGGUAUACUCCGGCAUCCCAAGGUAGCUCUGUCGGUGCUCUCCGAUGCAUGAGAAGCGGAGAUAGAAAAAGCCCCUCGCACGCUGAACACGCUCGAGACAAUUUCUACUUUUCUCUCAAUACCUGAAAUAAUCUCCCAUCAUCCACUUACUCUCUCUUGAUGGACCCUAGAUCGGAGAUCAAGCCGUCAAGUGGUCAACUGGAUAAAAUCACAGACCGUCUUAGCCUCUACUGCAACCAACUCUCCCAAUCCCCGAUCCACUCUACAGCACAACCCUUCCACAACUACAACCCAGCAUCGACCCUCAACCGAAAUACCACCGCAAUGUCUCGCGACCCCAUAACCUGUCACGUCUUGAACACCCUAACGGGUACUCCCGCGGCGAACCUCCCAGUGACACUGACCCUCCUAUCUGGGCCCUCCAGCAGUAGCCAGAGUCCCAUCAGUUUCCGCGCGACGACUGACGCAGACGGACGAGUCAAAAACUGGGAGCCCACCGCAACUUCAUCGUCAGCUUCAUCGGUCCCCGCUAUUCUUUCUGCACUCCCAACCGCCGAUAGCAAGACAAAUUGGUCCGUUCGAUUUGAAGUCGGUCCAUGGUACGAGGCACAAGGAGUUGAGAGUUUCUGGCCCGAGGUCGAGGUGAAGUUUACGGUCAAGGGACGGGGCCGGGAGGGAGAAGAAGGAUGGCGGCAUUAUCACGUUCCCGUGCUGUUGGGACCCUGGAACUAUUCGACGUAUCGCGGCUCAUGACGAAAGGAUGUCUCAAUUUAGUUCAUGUAGACAAGGGGGCGAGGGGAGAUUGUUGUACGGAUAGGAUAGGAUAGGACCUUAAUCUUAUCGCUGCUGGCUAUUAUUAAAUUUACUUUAGUUAACUAUUUUAU